AUGAAGGUUGAAAUCGACUCCUUUUCUGGUGCCAAGAUCUACCCAGGUAGAGGUACUCUAUUUGUCCGUGGUGACUCCAAGAUCUUCAGAUUCCAAAACUCUAAGUCUGCUUCUUUGUUCAAGCAAAGAAAGAACCCAAGAAGAGUUGCUUGGACUGUCUUGUACAGAAGACACCACAAGAAGGGUAUCACUGAAGAAGUCGCCAAGAAGAGAUCCAGAAAGACCGUCAAGGCUCAAAGAGCUAUCGUCGGUGCUUCUUUGGAAUUGAUCAAGGAAAGAAGAUCUUUGAAGCCAGAAGUUAGAAAGGCUAAGAGAGAUGACAAGGCUAAGGCUGACAAGGAAAAGAAGAAGGCUGACAAGGCUGCCAGAAAGGCUGAAAAGGCUAAGCUAGCUGCUGCUCAAGGCUCCAAGGUCUCCAAGCAACAAGCUAAGGGUGCUUUCCAAAAGGUUGCUGCCACCUCCCGUUAA